CGUAUGACCGGAAGUUAUAUUUUAUCCAGAGAGGGAGAGCAGCCUAGCAAAGCUUACAAAUUGAUGAUUUAUUUAAUAUAAAAUAAAGGAGGAUGAGCAGCUCAGAGGAGGUGUCCUGGAUAUCGUGGUUCUGUGGACUCAGAGGGAAUGAGUUCUUCUGCGAGGUUGAUGAAGACUAUAUACAGGACAAGUUUAACCUGACAGGUUUGAAUGAGCAGGUGCCUCACUACCGCCAGGCUCUGGACAUGAUUCUCGACCUGGAGCCAGAUGAGGAGCUUGAAGAUAACCCAAACCAGAGUGAUCUGAUAGAGCAGGCAGCAGAGAUGCUCUAUGGGCUUAUACAUGCACGCUACAUCCUCACAAACAGAGGCAUUGCACAAAUGUUGGAAAAGUACCAACAGGGGGAUUUUGGCUAUUGCCCCAGAGUGUAUUGCGAGAAUCAGCCAAUGCUUCCUAUUGGUUUAUCAGACAUACCAGGAGAAGCAAUGGUGAAACUUUAUUGCCCAAAGUGCAUGGAUGUGUACACCCCUAAGUCCUCCAGGCACCACCACACAGAUGGAGCCUACUUUGGGACAGGGUUCCCUCACAUGCUGUUCAUGGUGCACCCAGAAUACCGUCCAAAGCGACCUGCCAAUCAGUUUGUGCCAAGGCUAUAUGGUUUCAAAAUUCACCCAAUGGCUUAUCAACUCCAACUUCAGGCAGCAUCGACUUUCAAGAGCCCAGUAAAGGCAAUUCGCUAGAAGCCAUCUUUGACAGAGACAGUGGAUUCAAAGACUUUGUUGUUUACGACUUGCUUGAAGCAAUGGAGCAUGUAUUCUCAAUAAAUGCCUCUACAGUUCUCCAAAUUCACUUGUGUUGAUAAGCAAUUUUAGAUUCAGCCAUUUCUUCUCCUCUAGGAGGCAGUUACAGUUGAGCAAUUAUUUUUAAAAUGUAAUUAUUAUAUUCAUUAGUGGUCAAGCUCCAGACAAGUUUCAACCUUAACUGAUGUCAGUCAAUCUUUUCAGAUUAAAGGGGUUUCUCUUUUAAAUUGAAAAGUGGCUUUAACUCAGUGAUGAUGAAAACUACAGUUUGUUUUGUGGCUCAGUUGUGAGGUGAUUGAAUGUAACUGAAUAUCUCACCACCAGCCCCUAGAGGUUUGCCUUACCAGUGAUUAAGACUCAUGAAAAUUUAAUUACAAAAUGCAGAACACAUGUUGGAAUGUGCUUAGAUGUUGCUCUUGCAAUGUGUGUAAAUAUGAUCAGGUGCUAUUACCAACAACCAGUGAAUACCAAAUUGGAGACAGAAAGCAAAGAACAUAUCUUUAAAAAAAAAAAAAAAAAAAGGA